AGUCAGCAGCGAUUAAUCGAAUACUCUAGCAUUCUUAGAAACAAUAUGGCAUUGAUUCCAAGCUUCUUCGGCAACCAACGCAGCGGUAUCUUCGAUCCCUUCUCUCUGGAUGUUUGGAAUCCAUUUAAGGACUUUUCUUCACUCUCCACUCGUUUCCCUCAAGAAACCUCUGCUAUUGUCAACACGCGCAUAGACUGGAGGGAAACCCCGGAGGCUCACGUGUUCAAGGCCGAUCUUCCUGGGCUCAAGAAAGAAGAAGUGAAGGUGGAGAUCGAAGAUGACAGGGUGCUUCAAAUUAGCGGAGAGAGGAAUGUAGAGAAGGAAGACAAGAACGAGACGUGGCAUCGUGUGGAACGUAAUAGUGGGAAGUUCUCCAGGAGGUUUCAGCUACCGGAGAAUGUGAAUAUGGAUCAAAUUAAGGCUUCUAUGGAGGACGGAGUCCUUACUGUUACUGUUCCCAAGGUUGAGGUUAAGAAACCUGACGUCAAGGCCAUUGAAAUCUCUGGUUAAAACAGUGAAUGUACUCUCUAAGAACAACGUUGUGGAUUGUCUACAUGAAAUUCAUGUAAACGCAAUGGAGUUUUGCUAAGAAUUAACAAUGUAACACGUUGUCAUAUUGAAAUAUAAUACUGGAUUUUUAGUAAUUGUAAUAAAUAAUG